AUGGAACCUGUUGUGUUGAUAAUUCAGAUGUGUCGUGCAAAAAUGUAUAAUGGUGAGGUUUCAAUCACAAAUACAUUUGGUGCCACUGAGCUUGUGAUGGAUAAUAAUUGUACAAUAUCAUCAUCUACAAUAGCAGAUGAGAUCAACACUGAGACAAUCCGGAAUAUUAGUCAGUUGUUCGAUGCUCCUGAGGUUGGAAGCUUUUGGGUGUUAGCCAAAAUUGUGGCUUUUCAAAAUAUUGGAGAUUGGUGUUAUUUAUCCUGUAAUAGAUAUAAAGUUACCAUAAGAGUCUCUGAUGCGACUGGGAAUGCAGCCUUCCAGCUAUGGGAUCGUGAAUGCAAUGAUUUAUUUGGAAAAUCUGCAUCUGAAUUAAAAAAAUCUUAUGUGGAGGAUGAAAUGGAUUCGUUUCCCCCGGAAAUGAAUGUUGUAGUUCACCAAACCCUUCUGUUUAAGGUUCAAGUAAAACCAGAGCACCUAUCAAAUUUUUAUGGAUCUUGGACCGUAAUGAAACUUUGUCGUGAACCAGGACUUAUUUCAAAAGUUUGUGAUAGUAUGGUGCUCGAGAGCCAGGAAUUGUCUUCAGGUGGUGAGGUCACAACACCAAUAAAAGAUCUCAAAAAAGACGUUGAUGUUGAAAUAAUUGGAUCUGGAUCUUCCAGUAACAGCAUUAAACGUACCUUGAAUGAUUCAUUUUCAUCCAAUGUUGGAAAGAAGUCAAAAUCGAUUGUGAAGAUAGAAAAACCUUGA